AUGGCUGAAGCGGUGUUCGCGCGAUCGAAGGCGAGCGCGAGCGUGGCGCCGCCGAAACCGACGCCGAAUCGAGAGAUGAGGGAUGACUUUUUAAACGCCUCGAGCGCGGCGUACUUGGAGGCGAUGGAGGACGAGUACAGGAAGGAUCCGAAGAGCGUACCGGAAUCGUGGGCUGGAGCUGAAAUAUCUGAAAUGUACACCGCGAUGUCGACGGGUACGGCGCCUAUGGCUGUGGGGCGACCGUUGGACGCGCAAACGAUUCAGGAAUCCAUGCGGUUGAUGAUGUUGAUCCGCUCGUAUCAAAUUAGCGGACAUAGCAUCGCCAAUCUCGAUCCAUUGGCGCUUGAUGAGCGUGAGAUGCCAAUCUCUCUCGAUCCAAGCCUGUACGGGUUCACGGAAGACGAUAUGGAUCGAGAUUUCUUUAUUGGAACUUGGAAAAUGAAGGGCUUCUUGAGCGAAGACCGUCCGGUGCAGACGUUGCGUCAAAUCUUGACCAGGCUCAAAGAGACGUACUGCGGCACGGUGGGCUACGAGUACAUGCAUAUUCAAGAUCGUGAGCAAUGUAACUGGCUUCGAGCGAAAAUCGAGACCGAGCGCAAGAAGCAGUAUUCGCCGGAACGGAAACAAAUUAUUUUGGACCGCUUAGCUUGGGGCGAACUUUUCGAAGGUUUCUUGUCCAACAAGUACAGCGCAGCGAAGCGAUUCGGUUUGGAAGGUUGUGAAAGCCUCGUGCCUGGAUUUAAGGAAGCGAUCGAUAAGGCGGCCGAGAUGGGGGUUGAAGCUAUCACGAUCGGUAUGCCGCACCGCGGUCGUUUAAAUGUGCUCGCGAACGUCGUGCGCAAACCGCUUCAAACGAUUUUCAACGAGUUUAAGGGUGGUCCAAAACUCGUGGACGAGUUACCGAACACGGAAUCGCAGUAUACUGGAUCAGGCGAUGUGAAAUAUCAUCUCGGGACUUCGUUCGAUCGUCCGACGUUACGCGGCGGUCAAAUCCAUCUUUCCUUGGUUGCGAAUCCAUCGCAUCUUGAGGCGGUAAACACGGUGGUUACUGGAAAGACUCGUGCGAAGCAGUUCUACACGAAAGAUCCGAACGGCGAUCGUUCUAUGCCUAUCUUGCUGCACGGUGACGGUGCUUUCAGUGGUCAAGGGAUUGUGUACGAGACGCUUGACAUGAGCAAAUUGCCCGAGUACAGCGUCGGUGGGACUUUGCACAUCGUCGUGAACAACCAAGUCGCCUUUACGACUGAUCCAAAGUACUCACGCUCGAGCGCUUACUGCACCGAUGUAGCUAAGGGCAUGGAAGUUCCAGUGUUUCACGUUAACGGUGAUGACGUGGAAGCGGUGGCGUGGGUCAUGGAACUCGCCACCGAAUGGAGAAUGAAAUGGAAGACGGACGCCGUAGUCGACAUCGUGUGCUAUCGCAAAUACGGUCACAACGAGAUUGAUGAACCCAUGUUCACGCAACCUCUUAUGUACAAGGUGAUUCAGCAACAUCCCAGUGUUUUGACGAAAUAUAGCGCCAAACUCGUCAACGAAGGCAUCAUCACCCCGGAAGACUUCGUCAGCAUGAAGGAAAAGAUCAAUAACAUUAUGGAAGAGGAGUUCACGGCGUCAAAGGACUAUGUUCCGAAGCAACGUGACUGGCUCGCAUCGCAUUGGCAAGGUUUCAAGAGCCCGGAUCAGCUUUCGCGCAUCGCAGACACUGGCUUACCGAUGGAUCACAUAAAGAAUCUCGGACAACUUAUCACCGCGAUUCCUGCGGGAUUUACACCACAUCGAGUCGUGAAGCGCGUUUAUGAAAAUCGUCGCGCCAUGAUUGAAAACGGCAACGGUAUCGAUUGGGCCAUGGGCGAAGCUUUGGCGUUCGCUUCUUUACUCGAUGAAGGCAACCAUGUGCGUUUGUCUGGACAAGAUGUCGAGCGUGGCACUUUUUCUCAUCGUCACGCGCUGAUUCAUGAUCAAAUCACGGGCGAGCGUUUCAUUCCUUUGCGAAACGUCUACAGCGGCAACCCGGGUCGAGGUCAGAACUUCUUCACGGUUUGCAACUCUUCUUUGUCCGAGUACGGUGUGCUCGGUUUCGAACUUGGCUACUCUCUUGAGCAUCCCAACUGUUUGAUCUUAUGGGAAGCGCAGUUUGGUGAUUUCUCGAAUACGGCUCAAGUCAUCAUCGAUCAAUUUAUCAGCAGCGGUGAGGCAAAGUGGUUACGUCAAAGCGGUCUCACGCUACUUCUUCCGCAUGGUUACGACGGACAAGGUCCCGAGCACAGUAGCGCUCGACUUGAACGUUUCUUGCAAAUGGCUGACGAAGAUCCGACGCAGAUCCCUGAGAUGGAAAUGGAACGCCGCACGCAGUUGCAAGAAUGCAACUGGCAAAUUUGCAACGUCACCACGCCCGCAAACUAUUUCCACAUGUUGCGCCGACAGGUUCAUCGUGAAUUCCGCAAGCCGCUCGUCGUGAUGAGCCCGAAGAAUCUAUUGCGUCAUCCGAAAGCGGUCUCCGAUAUCAGCGAGUUCGAUAACAGCGACGACAACGAUUCACUUCAAGGCGUUCGCUUCAAGCGACUUAUCAUGGACAAGACUUCGAAGUCGCGCAGCAUGGACUCUCCUGCGGAGAAUGAGGUGGAAAGAGUCAUCUUCUGCUCCGGAAAGGUUUACUACGAUCUCGACGACGAACGCGAUGCGGCGAAGAACAUCGACAGGGUGAAAAUCUGCCGCAUCGAACAACUCGCGCCGUUCCCGUGGGAUCUCGUCAAGCGCGAAUUGAAGCGUUACCCGAAUGCCGAAGUUGUUUGGUGCCAAGAGGAACCGAUGAACAUGGGCGCGUGGUGGCACGUCCAACCGAGAAUGAGUACGUUGUUCAAAGACCUCGGUCGAUCGGGCGAAACGCGCUACGCUGGUCGCAAACCCGCGUCUUCGCCCGCAACCGGGUACGCCGCCGUGCACGCGCAAGAGCAAGCCCAACUCGUCGCCGACGCCAUUCGGUAAACUUCCACCCGCGCCGUGUACAACGGCAAAUUGACAAUCGAAUCGAGCGCAUCGCUCGCGCGCGUCUUAGUCUCAACCGCACGCGUUCGCGAUCAUUUACCAACUCAAU